AUGGCGUUUUAUCGAAUCGGUGUGGAUGUGGGUGGCACCAAUACCGAUGCUGCCAUUCUUAACGCGGCACCCGCAGCCCUCCCAGAACAGGAUUUGCAUCGAGAUCAACAGAGGGGGGUGUGCGCUUCCAGCAAAACCCCAACCACUGCCGAUGUAACGUCUGGCAUCUGCACGGCAAUCGUUGAUGUCCUCGCCAAGGCGCAGAUUCCCGCCCAGGAGGUGCGCAGCGUGGCCAUCGGCACUACCCACUUCGUCAACGCCGUCGUUGAGGCCGACCCCCGUCGACUCAGUAGGGUCGCUGUCAUUCGUCUGUGUGGUCCUUACACUAGAGCGGUCCCGCCAUUCUCUGACUUCCCACCACGGCUGCGUGACAUUAUCGGAGGCCCGGUUUUUUAUCUGGAUGGUGGCCUCGACAUCGAUGGUCGGGAAAUCUCGCCCAUCUGUCCUCAACAAAUAGAGAAUGCCGUGUCUGAGAUCGAGAAGGCUGGGAUUACGACCGUCGCGCUCGUUGGGGUGUUCUCUCCCCUCGAUCACCGGGGCACAGAUGAGGCAGCCUGCAAGGGACUGAUGUUACAGCAGAACCCCAACUUGUCAGUGGUGUGUUCUGCCGACAUUGGCAGCGUUGGCCUAUUGGAACGUGAGAAUGCCACAAUCCUCAACGCCUCCAUCCUGGACCUGGCGAAGAAGACUAUUCGAGCUUUUUGUCAGGCCAUGAAGGACCUACAGCUGAAGUGUCCAUUGUAUCUUACUCAGAAUGAUGGCACCCUGACUAGCGCUGCGAUGGCCGCCGAGCGCCCUAUUCAGACCUUUGCCAGUGGGCCGACGAACAGUCUGACGGGGGCGGCUUAUCUGGCCGGUCUGGACCAACGGAGCAACAACAGCAGCAUCCGCGGCAACACAGACACUCAAAUACUGGUCAUGGAUGUCGGAGGAACGACCACCGAUGUUUGCGCUCUCUUGCCAUCUGGAUUCCCUCGCAAGGCGCCCAACUUUGUCGAAAUCGGUGGAGUACGUACGGCCUUUCCUAUCCCCGAAGUGCUUUCAGUGGGCCUGGGUGGAGGGAGUCGCAUCCACAUUGAUCAUGCCCAAGAUGCCGUUAGUGUUGGACCGGACUCGGUCGGAUACCGAUUGACACAGGAAGCUCUAGUCUUCGGCGGCCAUACCAUGACCUCAACAGAUAUUGUUGUCGCGUCUGGCAAGGCUGGGCUGGGAGAGCCCUCUCGGGUAGCGCACCUCCCGGCUACCGUUAUUGCCAAAGCACGCGCGGGCAUAAAGAAAAUCCUCGAGCGGGCUAUUGAUGAGAUGAAAGUGUCUGACCAGCCCGUGACCCUCUUACUGGUCGGGGGUGGCUCCAUCGUCUACAUGGAUGCACUGGAAGGCGUCACCGAGUGCAUUCUUCCUCCACACUAUGACUCAGCCAACGCGGUUGGGGCUGCCAUUGCCAAAGUAUCUGGUGAGGUGGAUGUUAUUGAGAUCCUGGAGGGUCGCGAUGAGGGAGCCGUAGUUGAAGCAGCAAAGCAGCAAGCAGUGCAGGCCGCCAUCGCACGCGGCGCUGACAAGGACGAUGUGAGCGUCGUGGAGGUGGACAAGAUCCCUCUGCAGUAUGUCACGAACAAGGCGGUCCGUCUUAUUGUCAAAGCUGUUGGCAGGCUUGCAGCUCCCGCUCCAGGUAGUGAAUCUGCAGAAGAACAUUUGGUAUCUUGGAUGUCAAUCAAUGUCAAUGAUACGCCCCUUACAGAACCUUCCACCGUGGAGAUGGUCGCGAACGGUACUCCUCCAUCCUUGAUCACUACCAAACACAGUGCAUCCCUCAAUCUUGACACUUAUGUUCCUGAAGUGGCGGACCACGUUUGGUACCUUUCUGCCGUCGACUUGGAAUUCAUCGCAACCGGGACCGGUGUAUUGGGCACAGGUGGAGGGGGACCGUCUUACCUGCAGUACUUGCAAUGUCUAGAUUGGCUGCAAAGCUCAGAGGCAAAAGGGCGCAUGAGGGUGGUACCCCCAGACCGCAUGAACGACUCGGGUGUUUGCGUGUUUGGAUCGUGGUAUGGUGCCCCCAGUGUGUCCGGGGAGCGAAUUCCGGCCAAGAUCGAGCUCACGACUGCCAUCGACCAUGCCGUGCGUCUCUCUGGAUAUACGCAUUUCGAUGGGAUCAUUGCCGACGAAAUUGGCGGAGGGAACGGGAUGUCCACCUUUCCCACCAGCGCCUACUACGAUAUCCCGGUUCUCGACGGUGACCUCAUGGGCCGCGCCUAUCCCACCAUGGAGCACGGGACACCUUAUGUUUAUGGACAUCCCAUCACUCCGUGUGUGGUUGCGGAUGCUAAAGGUAAUGUUGGAGUGGUGUUGAAAGCUGAAUCCAACCGCCGCGUCGAGGAACUGCUUCGGUGCCAGUGUGUGAAUCUCGGUAUCUCCACAGCUGUCGCCGCCGUACCUUUGACCUUUGACAUUGUUAAGAAAUACUGCAUCCCGAACACAGUGUCCCAAGCCUGGUAUCUGGGUCGGGCUAUUCACCGCGCCCGCCGGUCCAAGACAGACAUCAUCAAAGCCAUUUUCGAAACUACGCCCGGCAAGCUGCUGUACAGUGGCAAGAUCAUUGACGUGAAGCGAGAUAUCAGUCGGGGAUACACGGUUGGCCAAUGCACAAUUGCUCCGUUAGCGGGGGAGGAGAGACAGAAUGUGGAGAACCAUGUCUCGACAGAGACGCGUCACUUGAUUAUCCCAUUCCAGAAUGAGUUUCUGUACGCUGCGUACAUCGACCCCGCAAAUCCCACAUCUUCGCAGGUUAUUUGCACAGUACCCGACCUCAUCUCGGUCCUAGACCAAGAUGGUGAGGCAAUCGGGUCGCAGGAGCUGCGGUAUGGCUUGCGCGUGAAUGUCAUCGGCAUGGCGGCACAUCCGCUGUGGACCGGAGAUGAGCGAGGACUGCGUGUAGGAGGACCCCAGGGUUUUGGAUUGGAUAUGGAAUGGACAAGUCUGGGACCGUAUCAGGCACCGCGAAGCGUUAUUGCAGAGUUUAAUCGGUAG